AUGUUCCCCUCCUCCAAGAAGCAGCCCAACACUGGCGCUGGGAGCUCAAAUGAUCGGUCUAUGUGCGUGCAAGGUGACUCCGGCGGCCUCGUCCUCACCACCGACCCCAAGCCCCGCCUCCGGUGGACCGCCGAGCUCCAUGACCGCUUCGUCGACGCCGUCGCCCAGCUCGGAGGCCCGGACAAGGCAACUCCAAAGACUAUCAUGAGGGUUAUGGGAGUCAAGGGCCUUACCCUCUACCAUCUCAAGAGUCACCUGCAGAAAUUCAGGCUAGGGAAGCAGCACAAGGAGUUUGGGGAUCAUACAGCAAUGGAGAUGCAACGUAAUGUGGCCUCUUCUUCAGGCGUGAUGGGAAGAACGAUGAACGACCGAAGCGUGAACGUGAACGAGGCGCUAAGGAUCCAGAUGGAAGUCCAGAGAAGGCUCCAUGGGGAACUAGAGGUGCAGAAGCACCUCCAGAUGAGGGUUGAAGCCCAGGGGAAGUACAUGCAGUCCAUCCUGGAGAAAGCACACCAAGCCCUAGGGACCAGCGACUACGCCACGUGGCCCGCGGGGUACAGAUCUCUAGGCAACCAAGCCGUCCUUGACAUUGGCAGCUCCACGGGCUUCUCUUCCCUCCAGGACCUGCACUUCUAUGGAGGAAGUAGCCACAUGGACCACCUUCUCCAUCAGAUGGAGAGGCCAAUGGAUAGCUUCUUGACGCUGGGUGAGAACUUCAUAGGGUCAUCGUCAGCAGACAAGAAGGGCCCUAACCAUUGCAGCUCCAGUGGCAAGAGCUCGAUGAUCUGGGCCGGCGAGGAGGACCAGCAGGUUAAGAGCGGCACCGACCAGCUCCAGAUGGGUUCAUCAACAACGAUGGAGGGUGGCAUCAGUGUCAUGGACCCGAUCACCAGCCUGUACGAGGGUGCCUUGUCAGGUGAAUCCAUGGGCAGCAAGGGUUUCGAGGGUUCGAGCUCCAAGCUCGAGAUGAAGUCGCCUCCACACAACAAGCACCUGUAGGAAGUCAUCAGAGGGUUCGUAUAUAGUCCAAUGGUUUGGAGCUCACGCAAAGAAUUUGUCCAAUAUAUAUGGGUAAAAAAGGAAAAAAAAGUAUUGUGUCAAUUUUGUUGUGAAGGUUUAGAGUAACGCGUGAGCUGAGUGCAGCGCAUUUGCGGUAAUUAGUAUUAUUAGAUACAAGAUCUUAAGAGGACAAAUUCAUUAUAUAUAUGGUUGUUUGAGCCCUAAUUAGGAUAUUAUUACCUGCUACUCUGAUGAGGAUGGCUUAGGUAAUUUGGUUUAGCAUUUUUAUCAUGGCUUGAGUUCAAGCUAGUGACAGUGCGCUUUAAUUGACAUGUUCCUGCAUGUAUAAUGCAUGGUGGCGAACACACACUCACAUAUAUCUGUAUUAUAUUGGAUUUGUGUAACACUGUUGUUUGACAUCGGUGA